UCGUAUAUACGUAUCUGAAGACGGCGUGGCGGCAGCGAUCAAAACAUGAGCUCCAGGAGCGGUCGUAGGCGAGACCGGAGUUACAGCAGCAGCCGGAGUCGAAGUCCCGAUCGUCGGAGAAGACGUAGACGCCGCCAUUCUUCUUCUUCCAGCGGCUCCAGCCCCGACUCUGACCGGCAUUACCGGAGCAGACGAGGCGAGACGCGGAAGAGCGACCGUCACCGUAGACGGCGUGAUUACAGGUCGAGUACUUGCACCUUACGCUUCGUGUGGGUACCAUCUUCUAACAUGUGCUCUUUCUUCCCACACAAUACACCAUAGUUCAGGUAAAACCAGUGUAUAUUCCGUCUUCUUCACUGUAGUAUAGCACCGUCUUGUGUACAUAAUUUGUGCAGUUGCAGUAGGUUUGGUAGUAGAGUUUAGUGUGGACUGCUGUGAUGUGGAGUUUUGUUAUUACAGAGAGAAGUAGGCCAAAGGACAAAAGAGAUAGGCACAGGUCAAGAUCUCGAAGCCCACACAGAGAUUCAAAGAGAAAGAAAGAACGCAAGAGACAUAGUUCUAGCCGGUCGCGAUCAAGAGAAAGAACAAAAUCAAAGAAACCGAGUAAAGACAAAGAAAAAACUGGAAAGAGUAGUGAUGCAAAAGGAGAGAAUCCAGCUGAGGCUCUAAAAGCCAGGGUGAAAGCACUCCUGGCUAAAUCCAGUGAAGAGACAGCAAAAGCCGCUGCUGUGGAAAUGUCUGGAGCCCCUGUUCCUACUCCUGGACAGACGGCACUCAUAGAGAGUAACUCAUUCACGUCUGACAAGUUUGUCUCGAAACGCUCGAGCAAGAAGUGGGACGUGCCUCCUUCCGGCGUCUCUCAGAAAAAGGCCGGAAAGACUUUCGAUGUGACGACUGUAGACCCCAGUGAAUUUGUCCCUAAAGUGGUUCCAAUGUGUGAAGUGGAGAAUGCGUUGGGAAGAGAAGAAGGAAUGGGAGUAAUGGAGGAGGGAGGAAGAGACGUGGUUUCAAUCAGGCAGGAAACGACUCAAUCAACUCCUGAAACUGAGCCCGUUGACAGAAAUCAGAAGUGGCUACAAAAACUUAAGAAAAUGAGGCAGAAGUUGGCAGACCCCCCAAUUAACUAACUAUAACUAACUGUCCUGCCACUUAACACUUGUUGUAUACUGAAAAUCACUCAUACGAUUUCCUUAAAAAUGUCAUAUUUUACAAAAAGCACUGAGGGUUAAAAUAAUAUAAUACAGCAGUGUUAAUUAUCUAGAAGGUGUUUAUAAUACAAAGACAAAAGAAGAGAGGGGUUUGGCUAUUUCUAGGAAGUUCUGUUGGGGUCUAGGCUCUAAGGUCGAUCUUGAAUGGAGAGCCAGAGAUCAGGCUCUUGUUCCAGAAGGCAAAAAGACUGUAGCUCUCCUUUUUGAGGUCGGGGAAGGAGAUUUUGAUGGAGUCGGCUUUUGGAGAGAGAGACAGCUGCGGACGAACGAGGUUGGAGUGGCUGUCGGUUGCGAAGGCAGAAAACACGCCCGAUUCUUGGUUAACGCUCACUGGUAGAGACACCACACGGACUCCCUCUGGUAGGGAUUUUGGCGGCGAAGGAGUUAAGUCGACAACGAAGGGAGACCCCUUUAUCUCGCGUUUGAACCAGAACACCAUGAGCUUGAACACCUCGCGGACAGGCGGAUCGAAACUGAUCUGGUAGCGUCCCCUCUUGAACUGGCGGACCUGAGCUGCAAUGAGGCCACUAGCAGCGCCCUCAGCUGCCGCAGUCACCUUGCUAGGGGUCCCCUCAUCCGGCUCAAACUCGAUGCAGACGUGCGGUUCGACCUCCUGCUCUCUGUAAUCGAUUCUGAAUGGGGAUCCGGGCACCGAUUGACCAGACCACUCCACCCUGACAGUGUACACGUCGUUCUUUGGAGGCACAAACGACACUCGAUGGAGGUCCUUUGCUGCUUCCUCGAUGCUAACCCAUUGGAAGCAAUCGUCAGAGGUGGAAUCAUUCACCUUAGCUGUGAGAGAGCCAAUCCCUGCGUCUCGUACGUUGAACAGUAGCUCAAUGGGAUCUCCACUGGCUUUGAACGGGAGGACCGGAUCAUAUGCCUCUACUUUCUCAGGGCAGGGGGGGAUGCCGAUGGCAAGAAUAAACGGAGAACCGGGAUACUCUUACCGUUGUAGUUGAUCCCGAUGCGAUAGUCGUCUGGUUGAGAGGCUGUGAAGUGGAUGCUGUAGGUGUCUUCGCCGGUAGGGACCAGAGUGAAAGUUGGGGUUGCUCCAGUCUGGACACCCUUUGCGUCGAUGGUGAAGAGUUUCUCGUCGCGACCGGGAGCAGAGAUCCAGAUAUCGAGCUGUUUGUUGGCGUGGUGGUACCCUGUUUGGCUCACCGGCUUUGUGAUCGCGAUUCCCUCCAGGCUGUCGUCUUCGACCCUGAUCUUGCUGGCUCUCUCCUGGAAACGCUCCUCGUCGAAGAAAAGAUCGAUGCUAUAUUGCCCUGUUUCGGUCGGAGUGAAACAAACCAGUUGGUUUCCCUCUUCUUCCUCCACCGUUUCGCUGGCGACGGCUUGCGUCGGACCGCGCACCUUACCAAUUAGUUUCCCGUUCCCGGCCUGCGCGGUGGAGACCCUGACAAGAACCUGCUGCCCACACUGCCACGAACCAGUGGCCAGUACCUCAGGAUUCACCACCCAACACUUGGAGGGGUCGUUAACGUCAAUCUUGACGGGGCUCCCCGGGAUUUUGUUGCCGCCGUAAGUAAUGUGCACCUCGUAAGACCCAACGUCAAUGGGGCACACCGUGACAGCGUGGGUAUUUCCAUCGAUGUUUGUGACCGUGCACGGUUUGUUGCAGUGAGCGCUGACGAGUUUCCCUUCCAAUUGGCAGUCGGCGUUUGGUGGGGUUACGACGGUGACAUUGAAAGCGGUGCAGGCACGGACUGGGCCAGUUGGUGCCUCCUUAAUUACACACUCCAUUGCAGGGGUUCUAGGGGAGGGGGUCAAUUUGAAAGGGCUGCCGGGGAUUGGAACCAUCUCCCACAUUAUGUCAAACUGCAACUCCCCUUCCAUCUCCGGCGUGUACUCGUAUGCAUAAACAUCAUCAUCGAUCGAGACGAGUUUCAUAUCAGGGUUCCCCGGCCCAGUUAGAAUGGUGGAGAGACUGCCCUUACCAACUGCCGAGGUUUCGAUCUCAAACGAGGCGAGCUCCCCAAUAAUUGCCUCCGAGAGCCCAGCUGCCUCUCACGACGCACUUGGAAAUGUCGAACACAGACACUGUGUAGGUGCACUCGAGGGUGUUGAAGGAUUCGUCCACGUCGAUUUCGUCUGUCACUGGUGUGCAGUCCCAUUCAAGCUGAAUCUUGUGAUCCCCGCUUCUCCAAGGAGUGUAGGUCACCGUGUACUCUGCAGUCGCUUCCGUCAUGUGUACGUUGUCAAGCGGCAUAUCGUCUGGAUCCAGAAUCCUGAAGUUCAGGACCCCCUCUCCGAGAUUCGAAACGUCGACCGUGAACUCAGCCUGUCUCCCGACGCAGGCUCGAUGGAGACCGCGACCGCCCGUCACGGAAUCAAGAGGUGGAAGAUGGCGAACUUUGUACGGUGAACCCUUCACAUGCUCCCCGGAAUACUUGACUUCGACCGUGUAGGUUCCGGGGACUGUAGGUCGAUACUGAAACCCUGGAGUCCCCGAACGAACGGGGAUCUCGUGUACUUCCACCUCGCCCAAAUCGGGGCUCUGGACCCUCACUUCCACGAUGCUUCCGUCCAGCAUCUCCCCCUCAAUUUGAAGCUGAGCCUCGGUCCCUAUCUCAGUCCCCGUGAUACCGGAACCUAGUGCGGACAGGUAGGGAAGCUUCCUCCUCUCCUCCUUGAUGAAUCGAAAGUGGGAGAGGUACACCAUCACCGACAGCUGAUCGCACGUGGGAGAGGUGAAUUCCUCGGGGGAGGAGAGGCAG